AAAAUUCAAAAGUUGUUAUGGUUUCGCAAUUUGUUGUCACACGUUGUUGUCGUGUCAUUAUUUAACGUGAACCUUAUACAAUUAUUUAACUAUCUCUAAUGAAAAAUAUGAAACAAAACUUUUAAAAUGGUUGACGAAGGAACUAGAAAGACCCUCAGUAGCAUCCCUUUACUGAAAACCAAAGCAGGUCCAAGAGAUAAGGAGUUAUGGACAACUAGGUUAAAAGAAGAAUAUCAAGGUCUUAUCAAGUAUGUCCAGAACAACAAAGAAGCAGAUAAUGACUGGUUUAGACUGGAAUCUGAUAAAACAGGUACAAAGUGGUUUGGCAAAUGUUGGUACAUCCAUAAUCUGUUGAAAUAUGAGUUUGAUCUUGAAUUUGAUAUUCCAAUUACAUACCCAACAACAGCACCAGAGUUAGCACUACCAGGUUUAGAUGGUAAAACAGCUAAGAUGUACAGAGGUGGUAAAAUCUGUCUGACAGACCACUUCAAACCAUUAUGGGCAAGAAAUGUACCACGCUUUGGAAUUGCACAUGCUAUGGCACUUGGGUUAGGACCAUGGCUAGCUGUGGAGAUACCAGAUUUAAUUGAAAAAGGAAUCAUAAAAUAUCAAGAGAAGUCAGAAGAUUCUAAGUAAAUAAUAUUCUAUUCUGUAUAUAUUGUGUAUAUUAUUAUUAAAUAUUUUAUACAUA